CUCUGUGUUGUUACGAGUUACUCACACUGGGCUCCAGUAUAUUCGUCGCCGAACACUUCAACUCAUCACAAGACAUGGUCAACUCGACUCAUCGAUAAUCCGCCAGGCGACAUAAGUAUCGACGCAUCGGGCAAUUGUCGGGCAAGUCUCACCUUCGACCCAGACGUCGACGAGCGGCAGCGACAAACAUGUCUCUGGUAGAUGCUGCACACAAGGCCGAAAGGACUGAGGCUUUCAGUCACAUACCAGUGAUAGACCUCAGCGAUGUGUCCAACAGGGACCCCACCGUGCGCAAGGCACUGGCCGAUACAAUCAGAGAUGCUUGCAUGAACGUUGGGUUCUUCUACGUUGCGAAUCAUGGCAUCCCCGAGACGGCCAUCGCCAACGCGCUAUCUGCGACCAAGGAGUACUUCUCAUUACCUCUAGAGGCAAAGAUGGAGCUCGAGAACAAGAAGACCCCGAACUUCAAGGGCUACAACCCCGUUCGGAGCAGCCGCAACGACCCUCUGAGCGACGGGGACAUGCACGAAGGCUUCGAGUUCGGCUGGGAGGCCCUCAAGGCGGACGACUACGACGGGCGACAGGCGAAAGACGGGGCGAUGGCUGGCGCGAACGUCUGGCCGCGGGAGCCAGCGAGGUUUCGCGAGGCCGCCCUCGCCUACUACCAUGCUGCCGUGGAACUUGGAAACAAGCUCUUUCCGCUCUUCGCUCUGGCGUUGGAGCUACCGGAGGACUACUUCGACGAUAAGACGAAGAACUCGGCUGCGCUCAUGCGAGUCCUUCACUAUCCACCGCAGACAGGGCCCGUGGACGACAGAGUCGUCGGCAUUGGCGCACACACAGACUGGGAGUGCUUCACUAUCCUCUGGCAAGAGCCGGCUACCCAAGCGCUACAAGUCCUGAACAAGGAGAAGCAGUGGAUCGACGCGCCGCCGCUCCAAGGAACACUAGUCAUCAAUCUGGGAGACCAAUUCGCGCGGUGGACGAAUGACGUGUUCAAGUCGACCGUGCAUCGCGCCAUCAACAGGAGCGGCGUCCGGCGGUAUUCGAUCCCUCUCUUCUUCGGGACGGACUACGACGUGAAGCUAGAGCCAAUAUCUAGCUGUGUCUCGCCCGACCGCCCGCCAAAGUAUGAAGUAGUUACGGCCGGUGACUACGUGAAGUCAAAGCUAGAAGCCACAUAUGGUCAUUAGUAGCUCGUCGACAGCGUGCAGGCUAACAUUGUAGUUUCACGUCGUAGCACGCUCCCCUCUCAGUGUUGUUCAUGGUACGCGCGUGGAAGAAGGUUGAUCGCGAUCGACCCGCCGUGCCGCGGGUACCAUUCAAUCGAAGUCUUGCGCUUCCCGACAGCAUCGAUGAUUAUGGUUAUGGAAAGCUACAAGCCUC